AGGACUUCUGAGGAGCCCUACUCCAGCUCCACGUCGCUUUGCUCUCUUCUAAGUUAGUAUGUGCAACUACCCGUUUUUUCGUUGUAGGUACCAGACUCGGGUUACUACACAUUACGUUCAAUCUUUAUCUAAGUGACGGAAUAGAUCAUCAAACAAAAUGACGGCGUUGAGUUGCCAGGUAUUGCCACCAGGCAAAGAUAUGUGUGUGUUUCUGGAGACACAAAACAGCAAAGUCUAUGACAUCCUGCGUCGACGAUACUCAGAAACUGAAGCGGAGCUGUCAUCGAAGAAGUCGAAGUCAGAAAAGAACGGAAAUAAAGCUGCCUCUGGAGGUGCAACUGCCUCAUCUUCUAGCUCAACCAGCAAUACCAUUUCAGCACUGAAUAUGAGAAUACCUGACAUUGAUGGAUGGAGCUACGAUAUUCAGAGCGGGAAAGAUCUCUCAGGCGUCACUUUACGAGUCGAGUUUCCGUACCUCCGAGACCUCUUCGCGCCGCUUUGUGCAAAGGAAAUAACAGAUUCUAGCAGAAAGAGAACGAGAGGUGCAGCACAUCAAGACCACGACGUUGCAGAGUGGGAAGAUGCUCUUCGGAAGUUAGUACUAGGUAGUAGCUCAACAUCUUCGUUUUUACCAUCCGCGACAAAUCAAGAAAGAACGACCACCUCUUCCACCAACUCCAAGGCAGACAACCACACUGCAGUUGUCAGCACGGUCUUAGACGAAAUACGAGGCUGGUGGAAUCAAGUGUAUGAUGCAUCUUCCGCCGGAGCGGGUCGUCAACAUGGAGGAUCAUCGUCUGCGAAUUCCCUUAGUAUGCACUUCCCAAUGUCUUCCUUACGUGACGCAGAAGCAGUGGACUUUCUCAGCCGCCUCUCCUCAACGUUGACGAAGAUUCCUGUGGUCAUCUACCUGCUGUCCAUGGUCAUGAAGGAACGAGGAAGACGAGAUGGUGACAAAAAUGGUGAGCUCCCAGAGGACCAAAUAAUGAACAUCUCCAGCAUUUUGAGCUUGAAGAUCCUUCCAGAAGUUUACAAGUUUUACACAAGUGCGCGCGGUGACGCUGUAUGGUUAUUUUCGAGGCCCGACUUGGAAAAUACCCCAGAUGCAAACCUAACCGUCUGCGUCGCCGUAGAAUACGAGAACGACUUGGAGGUUACGACUGCGCUUCUACUCUGUCAAGAGCUGCACGAGACCGCACAUCGACGCAUCCCCUGUUCUUUCCAUGCGCAUCGUGCGCCUGCGCAUCUGCGGGCAAAAUGUUCUGAGCUGGGCGAAUCCGAGUUCACGGUGGGCGUUCUAGUUUUCACGCUGCAUCUUGCUCAAAUCAAAUCCAUGGAACGUGUCAGUUUUUUGGCUCAGUACGUAACUUCUGUGCGGGCGUUUUUGAACUUGCACAUAAAGUACUCCAAAGCAAACCUCUACGCUCGUAUGCGCGCAAGUCUAAGAACCCUCGAAGCGAGCGUUGUACUGGAGUAAGCCAAAAAAUUUACGUUACCACGUCGCUUACGAAUGCAAGAAUAUCGUGGUACAUUUAGCUGAAAGUUGAUGUGUAGUACUGCCGAAGAUGAC